CGGUACCGGUACGUUACCGUGUAGAUUAGAACUUAGGCUUUUAAUGCUUCGACCUGGAGGAAUCAUUUGAUAAGACUUUAUUCUGUCGAAUUACUGCUACAAGUAUAUCAUCUUCCAAGAAAUGGCUACUCACGUUGGCCCAAGUACAGACCGACACCUAGUAGAUGAACUAGAAGCAGCUUUUAAGGCAUGUUUGUCUCCAUUAGUUGCUCAAGAGAAUGUACACGUCAGUGAUCAGGUAGAACUCAAGACAAGUGUUGACCAGUCCAUGCAAAGAUACCAAGAACUUGCCAAAGAGACAGAGAAUUUCUUUCUUCAACGUCAGAUGCUGAUGGCUACCACCAAACCAGAGAGCAUCAUCAAAGAGGAGAUAGAUGAGUUGAAGGCUGAACUGACGAGGAAAAACGCCCUUCUUCAGAAACAACAAACCAAGGUCAACAAUUGGCUUGGGAUUCUCCAAUCCUUAGAAUGUGGAGGACCACCACAACAGCAACCACACGCACAACAACAGCAACUCCACCAUGGUCAGAUCCAGCAACAGCAGCAACAGCUUGCCAGAGGAACCAUGUCUAUCCCAUCUGGAAACAUUCCCCAGCAACAGAGUGGUGGACAGCAGCAUCAUGGAGUGGUAGGAGCUGCCAGCAUUGCUGGUGGUGGAGAUGCUACUCCGAUUUCAAUAGCCACAACUCCACUCUCUGGACCAUUAGCCCAUUUAGAGCAAGCAACUUCAAAUAUUGGUGGUUUUGAUCGCAGAUGAUCCACAGACCAAAAUGAUGGACCCAAGAUCUAGGACAGCUGGCUAAUUUUGGCCAUUAUUAAUGAGGGAUUAUGGACCCUUUUACAUCAAUUUUAUGAUGACUUUGUACCAAACGAGCUAUUGAAAUGUACAAACGUUCAAAUACAAACCUCUCUAUGCCAUAA